AUGAAGUGCUUCUUGAUAGUAGAUGCUCAGAACGACUUCCUCCCUACGGGGUCGUUCAACUCCCGGGACGAUUACAUGGACACCCUGAACAAAAUUAACGCCAUAAGACUAAGGCUACACAACUGCACGGAAAAGGAUCUACUGAAAUUGAGCAACUGCAAGCACUUGAUGAAGUACCAACCGGAUAAGUUGCUAAAGGAAAAUAUCGUCCAGUAUCACCAGUGCAACAAUGAUAUUGAUGAUGACGAAAGGGAAGGGGACAUCCUUAUCUUUCCAACGGACCAUAGGGUGAUGACCUGUUUAUCCAAUCGAUUGAGCGCCUCAAACAUUUGCAGUGAUUUGCAUAAGCAAACUGCACAGGGCACAGCGAACGGCGUGGAGCGCAUACCUAAUAACAAUAAUAACGGUUUCUCCCACACGAAGGAAGGCACAUCACACAACGGCACGCAUAUGCAUAAUCACCACCCUGAUGAAAGUCACCAGAAAAAUGUGGAGACAAACGAUGUGGAGACAAACAACCUGGCACGAAGAAAUAGAAGCAAAGAAAGCACCAACUCAGAAAAUGCAAAAUUUGCGCUGAACAUAUUAUCGGUUGAUUACCACCCGCCCUGUCAUAUUUCCUUUGCGGAAACUCAUAGGAUUUUGUUUGAGCAGAUAAAAAGGAACAAAGGCACCAAAAACAGUAGCGCGGAGAUAAAUAUAGAUCGGGUAACCGAAUUAUCGUCCCACGCCCAAGUCAAUAGUUCAGUAGCCUCUGAGGAGGAAGCGGAAGGCGCGCACGCUGAGGAGGCUGAAUGCGAUGACGAAGGCACGCCUUCCCUUGAUCAUACUAAUGAAGCUGAUGGAGGAGAGGUCCAAGAACCUCCACAGGCAGACCUCCUCCAAUCUGCUUUCCUAAAAAAAAAUAAAAUUUUCAAUCUAACCGAUGUGAUGAAGAACAUACAAAAAAUCAAGUCCACCAGGUACAUCUACAAAAAUGUUAAUUCCGUUAGUGAUAUAAAAGAAUACAGCAAGCUAAACUUUCUAAAUGAGUGGAUAGAUGUGUGGCCAAUCCACUGUGUCCGGAACACCCCUGGGUGCAAAGUACACCCGAAUCUUAUUAGACACAUCAACGACAUUGUUAUUAAGAAGGCCGACACAGAAAACCACGAUAGUCACACUAUUUUCGAAAAUAGUGAGAUAAACCAGAAGAUUUUAAAUCUUCUGAAAAAGCAGAACAUAAAGUCAGUCUACAUCUGCGGGUUCAUAUUUGAAUAUUGCGUAAAGGAAACUGCUUUGUCUUUUUUUAAUUUGGGGUUUGACACCUACAUCGUGGAGGACGCAACGGCAUACUUGUUUGGACGCGAGGAAGAUAAGGAUAAUUUGAAGAAGAAGGGUAUCAAGUUUGUCAAUUCCUCCACCAUGUUCGCUUAA